AAAUGCAAAAGAGAGAGAGAGAGAGAGAGAGAGAGAGAGAGAAAUACGUGCGAGAGAAGAGGGGAGGAGAAGAGAGAAAGAGAGGGAGGGGGAAGAACGGCGUAAGCUUGUAUACAACUACCUCGAUUUCCAUUUCCCCCCCAACUCGUAAUGUAUUUAAUUCAAGCGAAACGUAAUCAUGACGUGUCUUGUCAUUAAUCUCCUCGCCGCCUCUCCCGUAAGUACAUUGAGUCUCACUUUCAUCACAAAAUAUCUUAUAAAUUUAAAACUAUUCGCUAAUUUACACUGCGCGCGCUCUUAUAAAUGAUGAUAUGAUCAUGUGUUUGCCAAUGUUCCGCGUGUAAUUUCCUUUUUUUCCCCUGGAAAUGUAGCGAUUGCUAUGGGCUUCAUAAACAACAAAUAACCGACGACGACUUUUUUUGUUUUUAAUUUUUUUUUUUGGGUGCUGAUCCGGGCUAAUGGAGAAAAACACCCAGCGCUCGUGCUACAUACACUUAGCGCUUUUUUUUUUUUUUUUUUUUUUUAAAACGGAAUGGAAUGCGGCGUCUCGGGGUGAUUGGCGGCUCGCGCAUCCCUACAGGGCACAUCAUACAUGUAACCGCACGAGACACAAUUCAGUCGAGCGUGGAGUGUGUCAUGGAUGUGCGCCUUGCCCUUGCCACCAGAAUGGGGUGGUGUCGGAGACCAUUUCAGACGUGCAUCCUCUCUCAUUUAAGGAAGCAAAUGAUGGAAUACACACACUACUAAGUAUGGAUUCUCCUAGAGAAUGUAUGAUUGCCCUCUCCUCUGAGGUACCCCUGUCCCCUCCCUCAAUGCCCUCACUAGAUGACAGCCCUCACACCUUACCCCAAAGCCCUCACUCUGCCCAAUCUAGCCCUCUAACUAACCCAUAUACACAACUGUCACCUUUUGAUGAUGCCAACCAGCAAGAUGAGGAGGAGGUUGAUGAGCUAUCAGGUCCACCAUCUCCUACUACAGUUGUUGCACUGUUUCCAGAGGAAGAGCAGCUGUGUACUCCCUCUUCAGAGAGCAGUCCUCCAGCCACUCCGUUUGCACCGCCACCUGGGUUUGGAGCACUGGAGCAGGUUCUUUCAUCUGGGGACAAUGCCACCUGCAAUGAUGAACUAGACCUGCAGCUUUUCAGCAAUGAAGGUGUGGCUGUCCAAGGAGGUUCAUCCAGUGGCCCCGCCCUCAGGUUUCCUUGCCAUGUUUGUGGGAAGAGGUUCCGCUUUCAGAGCAUUCUCUCCCUGCAUGCCCGAGCUCAUAGUUUGGACAGGGACCGCCAUCCCACUACCCUGUACAAAACUGCACGUAUUAAACCAGAAAAAAAUCACUUCAGUGAUACUGUUAUCCAAAAACAACGGAAGCUCAACCUGAAUUCAAUAUACAAAUCAUUUCACCAGAAUCAGAGAGAAGAGACUGUACCAGAGGAUCUCUGUCAAACAGUCAAUAUCUCUCAGUUUGAAAUGGAUGAAACCACACCACUGACUCCACCACUAACGGAAGAAGCACCAGUCUCUUCAACCUUUUCUCCAUUUGGGUCUGCCUUCAUAGAAGAUCCCAUCCCUCCUGUGUCAGCUCUUGCCUUCCGCUGUCAUGCAUGUAAGGGUAAAUUCCGCACAGCUGCUGAGCUAGCUCGUCACGUGCGGAUCCUCCAUAACCCAUACAAGUGUACACUGUGCCCCUUCUCAGCCAAUAAGGAGGAACGCCUAGCUGUUCACCUACAGGAAAGCCACCCACCUGAAGAGCCUGUGCCACAGCUUGUCUUCCCAUCCCGCCCAAACACAUUGCAACCACAAACACCUUCCUCACAAGCACCUGCUGUUCCAGCCUUCCGUUGUGAGACUUGUGGUCAGCGGUUUACCCAGUCCUGGUUCCUGAAGGGUCAUAUGCGCAAACACAAGGCAUCUCUUGACCACAAGUGCCAGGUCUGUGGCCGUGGUUUUAAAGAACCCUGGUUCCUCAAGAACCAUAUGAAAGUGCACCUCAACAAACUGGGCCUGAAGGCUGGUCUAGGAGAUCUGGGACCUUCAGGGUCUGAACAUUCCAAAGGUCCUACUGGGAACCAUGCUCUAGGGGCUCUCUAUUCUAAUGUGCUCCUGGCACACAGUGUGGCAGGUGGAAGUGCAAAAACAGGGAAUCGGAUGGAGAGGUCAGAAUUCAGUGAAGGAUCAAGCAGAUCUUCAGUAUGGGGUUACCUCAGGUUGCCAAAUGACAGCAAUGGUGCUAGUUGCAUGGAACGCCUUCAGGCAGUGGCGCAGGUGGCAGAGAUAGGUAACGGUGGAGAGAGAGGAGGAGCAGAGGUAUUGGAUGGACGAGAGCAGGCAGCUAUGUGGGAACUGGUUGCGCAUAGACUGGCAGCAGUGCAGCAGAGCCAGCAGCAGCAGAGAUCCCAGGCGCAACCCCAAUACUCUUCCUCACAGGGCACUGUUGUUGGGGAAGGUGAGCAGAUGCAUGCCUACUUAGGUGGCCUUGGCUUCAAAGAGGACCUGGAAGCCUCCAGGGCCCCUUGGGAGUGUCCUGACUGUGGCAAGCUUUUCCAGAAUCUUCACCAGGUAGUGGCUCAUGCCCGUGUUCAUUCUCAAAGGCCACGGAAGUAUCGAAGUAUACAUGGGAGUGUUCGAAAAGAAGAGGAUGGAGUACAAAAAAACACCGGAUUCCAAGCAGGAGAAGGACAAGGAUACAGAAAUGAAGGAAGACAAGAAUCUCAACAACUCCAAUCAGGAGUACCAGCAGGUUUCCAUUCUUCUAUAGCACAUCUCUCUGGGGACAAUGGUCUGAGAGGAACAUCAUUUGGACCUUCAAGAGAGCGGGUGCGAGGUACAGGAAUGAAGGAUUGCCCCUACUGUGGUAAAUCUUUCCGCUCUUCCCAUCAUCUUAAAGUGCACCUACGUGUGCACACAGGUGAGAGACCUUACAAAUGUCCCCACUGUGACUAUGCUGGCACCCAGUCUGGCUCUCUUAAAUACCAUCUACAACGACACCAUCGUGAGAGAAAUGCCAUGGCAAACUCUCCUAGCUCCUCAUCUUCAAGCCUCCCUUCAUCAUUGACUGGCUCGCCACGAGAGAAGCAGCAUCGACCCUUGACUGCAAACCAGGGCUCAUUCCCCACAUUCAGACAAAGCCAGACCUUGGCCCAUGGAUCCACAGAACAGAAAGAGAGCCAUCUGAAGUCUAGAGAAGCUCAAAAGGAAAGAAAUUUGGAUAGUCAGUAUCGUUUUCUGUCUGGGAUGAUGCAGGAACUGUACCCAGGAGGACUAGAAGGGGGAUGGAGAGGUGAGACACCUCCUCCAAAAAUACCAAAAAUAUCCAGACGUAAGCCGCUUGUUACAAGUCGUAUGAUGCCAGCUAAUGGAUAUCAAGGCAGCAUCAACUCUAGUGUUUCCCAAGAAUGUGGACCCCUAGACCUCUCUCGCCGCCCUGUGUCUAGUGUAGGUGCAAUGAAACAAGUCAGAGGACCAGUAAGCAGCUCUGAUAGUCCAACAGGGGGAACAAAAGGAGAUGGAGAUACUCUAAAUCAGUGUGUGUUUUGUCCAUUUCGAACCUCUUCUUCUGAGCUGAUGGCAAUGCAUCUUCAAGUCAACCACACCAGCAAGUCCCGCCGUAAAAGGGGGGGCGUUGUAACACGUGACAACCACUCUCCCAGGCUGACCCUGUAUGGAAUGAACCAUGACCCUUUGGCACUGUGGAAGUUCCUCAGUGAAGGAGAUGAAAUCAUGGCCAUGGAUGACUGGAUAAAAUACAGGUCAAGGUCUGAAAAUGGGGUCAGCUUGGAUGAUGGGGACCUAGAGAUGGAUCCCACAAAACAUGGGCUUAAACUAGAUGGCAAACUGGGGAACAUUGAUGAUCAUGAAACAAAAGAAAUAGAAGAUGGCCUGGAAGCAAACAGCAACCUUGAAGAUAACUUCCAUCAACAGGGCAUGACAAAGGAUCUAUCUGACAUGAUGCAGGAGGAGUUGCCAGAGGACAGGGAAAAGCUUGAGAAGAAGUAAAUGAUUUAAAGUGCCCCAGAGGAACACAGUGCUAGAAUCAAGGAUCUAUUGGCAAAAUUAGACAGAAAACUAAAAUGAGGCUGUUCAUGUUAUUUCCAACACAAGGACAUCAUGUCCUAGUUUCAUACAUAGUCACAGACUUGCACACGGACAUAUAUCCAGUAUUCUAUGCUAGUCUUAGCCUUCAGGAGUCCCGAGGCCUUCUUGACUGCUGUUUUUUUUUUUGUUUUUUUUUGUUUUUUAUAUAUAUAUAUAUAUAUAUAUUAUAUAUAUUUCUUUUUUAUUUUUGUCAUUUAAGGUAAUUGCCAAGUUAUAUUUCUUUCUACUGUGAGACAUUCCCAUGUCAAAAGCAUCUGGAAAUGGUAAUCAUUAGAACAGGAAAAGCAAAAAAAGAAUCAUUAAACUUAAUAAUAAUAAUUAGAUUUUUUUGUACUAAUAUAAUAGCUUGUGUUAAAUGAAGAAAAGGCUGGCUUAACAUAAAAGCCAGAUGUAGUCUACAACUGAACUUUGCAUUUUGACAACACUUGCACCAUUAACCAAAUGGAUGGCAUAAUUUCUUACCAUACAUUUACCAGGCUGUAUGCACAGUAUGCUGUGAUGACUAAAUGGUACUGGUGAUGACCAUUUUUAACAAUACACAUCAAAGCAAAUAAUAUUUGCCCCAUAUAUACUGUCAGCUAGGCCUGGCAGUCUUCUAGAUUUCUUCUACUUUAUUCUGUCUCUGCCUGGUGCUGUAUUUAUUUUUAGGGGAAUCCAACAACACAGGAAAUUAUAGUUCAUAUAUACAGUAUAUUCCAAUUAAUGUAUAAGAACUCUAAAGGUAAGAUAGAUCUGGAACAUUGUGUCGGCAAUUUCUGUAGCUUGUUUGUUGCACCUGAAGGAGUGGAACAUUUGACUUGAAACAUGAGAAGAGAUGGCCAGCUGACAGAGAACAAAUUGCAGUGUUUACAUCAGAAUGACCACUAUGAUUUUUUAUUUUUUUAUUUUUUUGGAUGAAACUGGAUCAUGAUCAUUAAGAAGGAUUGAGGUCUGGUUUUCAUAUAUGGAAUGAAACAUUUCUACAACACUGAGCUAAACUGUAAGAGACUGAGUCUCAGUCAGUCAUUCCUACUUUUCUUUUCUCUCUCACCUGUAAAUCACCCAAGAGAGAGAUGAGAAAGUAUUGGGUCCCUAAGCAUCAAGGCAAAUGCAAAAAAAAACAAAAAAACAAACAAAAAACAACAAAUAAAUAUGGCAUCUUUAAGAUCAAUACUUUUUUUAAAGAAACAAUAAGAAACAUUAUUAAUAACAUCACUAACACCUUCAUAGACAUCCCAAUAAAAAUGUGUAGCUUUUAUAAAGAUAAAAAAGAGAAAAAAGUUCAUUUUUAAAUGUUUUUUUUUAUUUUAUUUUAAGAAGAGUUCUUAAAGAAUAAAAAGUGAUAUCAAUAUCAGUAAUAAUAAUGGUUGUGGUAGAAUACUGGUUUGGAAUGUCUUAAAAACACUGUGCAAAGUUCAUUGUUUUCCCAAAGUAGAUUUUCAUUUCCCUUUGAAUAUAGACCAAACUUUUUGUUUAAGAGUUAUUGUUCACUUUCAUUUGAAGUAAUGCUGCAGAUUCAAAUCUCUGUUCCUAAUCAUACUAUAAAGUGGUCAAUCAAUCAAUCAUUCAAUCAAAAAAAAAUGUUGAUGAAAUCAACUUAUCAACUAUUGAUCUAAUCAGGCAUGCAAUCAAAAUCUAGUUUUCAGUACUAAAGUGUUGGCACCAUAAUGUAUUUGAUAACUUAUUUAUUAAUUAUUGUGUGUCAAGGACAUAUCACUUUGUUGUCAGUUUGACUGACUUGAACUAUAAGGGACUGACUCCCUGCUUUCUAUACUAUUAAUGUUUAUGGCAUUCUCACACAUUACCACCCCAAAAUCAGAUAGUGUGAUUGAAUGACCUUACUCCUGCCUCUUGUGCCACUGACUGAUAGAGAUGGGUACUGAUUGUUACUGCUGGCCUUACUAUAUAAAUGUGCAUGUGUUGUUUUGUGUGUAGAGCACCUUAUGAGUUUGGUAACCCCUGACGUGGUGGUCGUUAAAGAUUACACUCCAAGCCACUGUGCCUUCCGUCCUGCACACUUCCUCAAGUACUUUGUAUUCUCACCAAAUGCACCUACAGUAACUCAUACCGUAUCUGCUUUCCACUUCCAGCUGUCUUUUAAAUGUUGCCACUUCUAAGGUCUUAUCAUUCUGUCUACUUCUCUCUCUCUCUCUCUCUCUCUCUCUCUCUCUCGCUCUCUCUGUCUGUCUGUCCCUCAGCACACGUUAUCAGACAUUUUGGCAUUAUUCUGUGUACUCACUUCAUUCAGUUCCAGUUUUUUCUGAACUGCUCCUCUUUUCCAACAAACACCACUGGAAGGUGACAUACUGUUUAGCAUUGUGGCCUUUUUUUUUUUUUUAGAUUUUAUUUUAAUUUUUGUGAUGUUUGUUUGCCAAUGAGAUGAGAUCAAGCUCUUCUUAUAAUAAUUAAUGUUCAUUUGUUUUUUUUUUAGUAUUACAAAAAAAGAAAACUGUGUUUGAUGUACAGAUAGAGUUAGAGAUGUGUUUCUAAUGAGAACUCCAACCACAGUGCCGACUCUCCAUCUCUCUUAAUAAUCUUAAAUAUAUAGACUGUGUGGAUACUUGAUGUGUAGCUGAGGGCAAUAUGACUGUUAGAGCAUAUUGUGUUGGCAUGUUAAGUUCCUACCAUGACUAAUAUUUAAUCUAAUGGGGAAAGCAUGGCUGAUGCAAUGAGUGAAUAUAUAAUAUUCAAAAUGUUGUGAAUUCCUAUCUUAUUCGUGGUUACAAAUUCAUGUGUCAAUCAUCAACAUUUAAAUAUAUGAAUGUUACGAUGCCCCCAGUGACAUCUAAAAAUGCAGAAAUCACAGGAAUCUGCAGUAGAGGAGAGUUGGAGGGAAGGUCUGUGUUUGAACUCUUAAGUAGUUGACUGCUAUUGCAGUGAAGGGGAAACUGGUCUAACAUAGUAGUAAUUAAUAUGAAAAUGUGGACUGAGAAAAAAAUAGUAGAGAAGAUUCAAUAAAAUAUAAGAAAAAUAAUAAUGUUGUUGUCUAUAUAUGUGUGUGUCACUGUAGAAGUAAUUAUGAUGAUUUUAUUUUAAAACUUUCUUAUUACCCAACAGCAUACAGUGACAUUUAAACAUGAAUAUAAUCCAUCCAUACAUUCAUUUUCUGUACCGCUUAUCCUUACUGGGUCACGGGGAACCUGGAGCCUAACCCAUGGGGCAUGGGGCACACACCCUGGACAGGGUGCCAAUGCAUCGCAGGGCACAAUCAUACACACAUUCACCCACCCAUUCAUACACUACAGACAUUUUUUGAACAUGCCAAUCAGCCUACAAUGCAUGUCUUUGGACUGGGGGAGGAAACCCCAGAAGCACGGGGAGAACAUGCAAACUUCACACACACAGGGCCGCAGCAGGAAUUGAACCCUCAAUCCUGGAGGCGUGAGGCAGACACGCUAACCACUAAGCCCCCGUGCCCCCACAGGAAUAUAACAACUUUGUUAUUAUGUUAAUAUACUAUAUAUAAAUAUAUAUGUCCAAAUAUAUGUCUGAAUCAAGGGGGGCAUUUUCAACUAUACAAAGAGAUAUUCAUGGACACUGAGAAACAACUUUUAGCUGCCUUGAGACAUGGACUUCUAUACAAAAGGGUUUGUGGGAACCAUGGUUACCGUGGUUACCACUGACCCCUUUUGACUGAACUUAGCAGGUGAGACAAUAAAGGAGAGGAAAGCCAAAGCACAAGAUUAAACAGCUGUGCUUUGUGUUAACUGGACUUUGAUUUAUACUUAUCAGUCU